AUGAAUAAAAUAUGCAACUUAUGCCAAGCAAAAAAAUGGGCGACUGAAACUCCUGGACUGUGUUGUAGUGGUGGCAAAGUAAAUAUACCAAUAAUUCCGGAACCAACUACAGUUUUAAAAGAACUGAUAUCAGGCUCACAUCCAUCAUCAAAGCAUUUCUUAAAUCACUCAAGGCAAUAUAAUACACUAUUUCAGAUGACUUCAUUUGGUGCCAAAGAGAUUCGUGAGGGAAACUUUAUGCCCACUUUUAAAGUCCAAGGGCAAGUUUAUCACUUAAUCGGUAACUUACUUCCAGCUGAAGGGGCACAGCCCGAAUUUUUGCAAAUAUAUUUUGUUUCACAUGCAGAUCAGGUAUCCUUACGCUCAAAUUUAAAUCCAAGCUUGCAAAUCGAUCUUAUCGACGCUCUCCAAACAUAUCUUCACGAUCAUAAAACGUAUAUUCAAAGUUUCAAAUACAAUCUGGAAAAUAGACCACCGAAUGACUUCAAACUUAUUAUUCAUGCUGAUGUGAAACCUCCUAAUGAGCAUCGAGGUCGAUAUAAUGCGCCAAUAGUAGAUGAAGUAGCUGUUCUUUUGAUAGAUGAAGACAAAGGUCCCCGAGAUAUUGUGUUGACGGCGAGAGAUGGUGGACUUCAACGAGUUUCUGAACUUCAUAGAUCUUAUGACCCACUUCAGUAUCCUUUACUGUUUCCCUUUGGUAAUGACGGAUACUGUAUAAAUAUUCCACAGCAGAAUACUGCUGCUAGAUCUAAAACUGUAUCAUGUAUGCAAUUCUAUGCAUUUAGACUCAUGUUGAGAAUAAAUGACUUUAACAGCAUACAUUAUUUCAAGGGAUUAUUCAACCAGUAUUGUGUUGAUAUGGAAGCUAAAAUGAUUUCUGAGAGGCUAGACUUCAUAAAAAGAAAUCAAAAAAAAUUGAGAGCAGAAGAGUACAUUCAUUUAAGAGAUGCCGUGGUUAAUGAUGCGAAUAUAGACGCUUCUAAUGUUGGCCAGCAUGUUAUACUGCCGUCGUCAUUUACAGGAUCCCCCAGAUACAUGAACGAAAAAAGUCAAGAUGCCAUGACAUUUGUCAGGAAAUUUGGAAAACCAGAUCUCUUCAUUACAUUUACAUGUAACUCCGAAUGGCCGGAAAUAAAAAUUGAGUUAUUACCCGAUCAGCAUUCUUACGACAGACAUGAUUUGGUUUCUAGAGUAUUUCAUUUAAAACUCAAAAAUAUGAUACUCCUUCUGACGAAGAAAAAUAUUUUUGGGCCUUCAAGAGCCUUUGUUUACAGCGUAGAAUGGCAAAAAAGAGGUUUACCACACGCCCACAUUUUAUUGUGGCUGGCUAUCAAAGUACAACCAGAUUCUAUAGAUGCAAUAAUAUCGGCUGAAAUACCUGACAAACGACAAGAUCCAAUUUUUCAUAAUAUUGUCAUAAAAAAUAUGAUACAUGGUCCUUGCGGAUUUCAUAACCCUGCGUCACCAUGCUCUGACCAAGCCACAUUUUCGCUUCAAAGUAAUAACAAUGAAGUAGAAACAUAUCUAAAUGGUCGCUAUAUAAGUUCUUCGGAAGCGAUCUGGAGAAUUUUCCAAUUUCCUAUUCAUGAACGUUUUCCGGCAGUAGUUCAUUUAGCGGUUCAUUUGGAAAAUGGACAAAGAGUUUAUUUUGAUAAUAAUGCAAACCUUCAAGAUCGUGUUAAUAAUCCUUCAUCAACGACACUUACAGCGUUCUUUGACCUUUGCAAGAGGGACGAUUUUGCAAAAACCCUUUUAUAUCACGAAGUACCCCAGUAUUACGUAUGGGAAAGAAAUUCAUUUUCUAGAAGAAAACGUGGGCAAGAUGUUGAAGGAUAUCCCGGUGUAAAAAAGACACAACUUUAG